AUGUUUUUCAGCCGAGAAGAUGAGAUUGAUGAAGCACCAAAUUCUUCACAGAAGAAUAUUGUGCCACAAUAUUCACAAAAAUCUGAAAAUCAUUUUACUUCUAUUCCACUAAAAAAUAAUUCGAAAGCUACAUGUGCUUCAUCAUCAUCAUCAUUAUGCAUCGCAGUAUCUAAACGUUACUCGUCUAAAUUCAGAAAAGAAUGGUUAUCUAAUCCAAAGUAUUCUUCAUUUUUAAAAGAGUAUAAAAAUUAUAAAACAACAGCUUUAUGUUUUAUCUAUAAUAUACAAUUCUCGAUUCAAAAUAGUGAAACAACUGAUAUAAAUAAUCAUAUGAAAACAAAAGAGUAUCAAGAUUGUGUAAAAUCAGCUGAACCUAAUAAAUCAAAAACGAUAAAUUCAUUAUUCGAUUCAAGCACAUCUGAACUUAACCGUUUAUGUACUGUUGAAGGAGCUUUAGUAUUUCACGGUGUCAAGCAUUCUCAUAGUUAUUUAUCACAAUUGUAUAUGAUUAAUUUGACAAAAAAAUGUUCUUCAGGUUGUUCAAUAGCAAAAAAAAAUAUAACAUACAGCAAAACUAAAACUAGUGAAAUUGCUUGUAAUGUACUUGCGCCAGCAUUUACAAAUGCUAUUAUUUAA